AUGGAGCCAGGGCUGCCCGCAGAGACGCCGCCGGUCCGCGGCCCCGUCGCGGCUACCUGCCGCCCCCCGCCGCAGCCGGGCAGCGCCGGGAUUUUCGCCGCCGCCGCCGCGGCGUCCCGCCCCGACGUGGCUCCGCUGUGGUGUGGCGGCCCCCGCUGCUGCUGCUGCUGCUGCUGCCGCCGCUGCCCCGCGCCCGCCGCCCGCCCCGCUGACGCCGAGAGCGGCGCGGUCCCCGCCGCCCGUCCUGCGGCUGCCGCGGCCGGCCCCGGGGCCGGGGCCGCUCCGGCGGCGGCGGCGGCGGCCCCGGCGGCGGCGGCGGCGGCGGCUCCUCCUCCUCCUCCGCCUCCUCCACGGCCGCCGCCGCCGCGGGGCCCUAAAGCCGCCCGGCUCAAGAGGAUGGUGCGGCUGGCGGCCGAACUGCUGCUGCUGCUGGGGCUCCUCCUGCUCACCUUGCACAUCACCGUGCUGCGCGGCGGCGGCGGCGAGCCCCACGCCCCCACGGGCGCCGGCAACCACAGCCAGCGGCAGAACACACUCACUGAAGACGACCAUUCUCCUGAAGACAGCUUCACCCUGAACCCCGAGGACAGAAGAGAAUACCCUGAUCUCCAGGCUGCCCACCGGCCGUUCCCUAAGCAGCGAUUCAGGCAGGAAGCCGGGCAUACGUCCUUGCAAAGAGAUGGACCCAGAUCUUUCCUCCUGGAUCUCCCAAACUUCCCUGACCUGUCAAAAGCAGAUAUCAAUGGGCAGAACCCCAACAUUCAGGUUACCAUUGAAGUGGUGGAUGGCCCCGACACCGAGACAGACAAGGACCUGCAGAAAGAGAGCAGCAAGCCUAGCUGGCCAGUCCCAUCACCUGACUGGAGAAACUGGUGGCAAAGGUCCUCCACCUUGACUCGCAUGAGCAGCGGUGACCAGGACUACAAGUAUGACAGCACUACUGAGGACAGCAACUUCCUAAACCCUCUCGGUGGGUGGGAUAGUCAUGCACCCAGUCACCGGACAUUUGAGUCCAAGGAGCAGCCAGAGUAUGAUUAUAUUGAUGGUGAGGGAGACUGGAGCUCAUGGUCCCUUUGUAGCGUCACCUGUGGGAGCGGCAAUCAGAAGCGGACGCGGUCCUGCGGGUACGCCUGCACUGCCACUGAGUCACGGACCUGCGACAGGCCCAACUGCCCAGGGAUUGAAGAUACCUUCCGGACAGCCGCCACAGAAGUGAGCUUACUUGCAGGAAGUGAAGACUUCAACGCUACCAAACUGUUUGAAGUUGAUACUGAUAGCUGUGAAAGAUGGAUGAGCUGCAAAAGCGAGUUCUUGAAGAAAUAUAUGCACAAAGUGGUCAAUGAUCUUCCCAGCUGCCCAUGCUCCUACCCCAGAGAAGUUGCAUACAGCACUGCUGAAAUCUAUGAUCGAAUUAAGAGGAAAAACUUUCGCUGGAAAGAUGCAAGUGGUCCAAAGGAAAAACUGGAGAUCUAUAAGCCCACUGCACGAUACUGCAUCCGCUCCAUGCUCUCUUUGGAAAGCACAACACUUGCAGCACAGCACUGCUGCUAUAAUGAUAAUAUGCAGCUGAUUACCAGAGGGAAAGGGGCAGGUACGCCAAACCUCAUCAGCAUCGAAUUCUCAGCAGAACUCCAUUACAAAGUGGACAUUCUGCCUUGGAUUAUAUGCAAAGGUGACUGGAGCCGAUACAAUGAAGCACGGCCUCCAAACAACGGGCAGAAGUGUACAGAAAACCCUUCAGACGAAGACUACUACAAGCAAUUUCAAGAAGCAAGGGAAUACUGA